AUGAUAAGACAACUUACGCGUCCGUAUACGGUGAAACAGCUGCAGCAGUUACUUUCCAAAUUUGGUACACUCGUUGAAGGAGGAUUCUGGAUCGACAAUAUCAAAUCCACAUGCAUUGCAAAGGUUUUUAAAGUUUUUGAAGGAUAUAUUGAAAUUUGA